GCAUGGCCCCACCUUGAGCUGCUGGUUUACCUUGGGGAAGCCUGGGCUGCGCUUGGACGCGGUCCCCUCUCCUGGCGUGAGCUGCCUCUGCUUCCUCACUGGACACUGUUUAGGAACAGAAUAGCAACUAUCGAAGCAACUUUUGGGCAAGAUCUCUAGCCUGUGCAGGUUAUAGGCAUUUCUGGAUUGCUUCCUUCCCCUUCCACUGGAGAGCUGUCCUGUAUGAUGGGAGUACCAGGAUAUAUUAUAUACCCUUCCACAUCUAGGUCUCUCUCACUUAGCUUGAUGCAAACUCAUGCCUUGGGCAGAGAAUCUGUAUUUAAAAAAACAACAACCCAACAAACCCAAAACCUGAGCCAGCUCCAAAUCAGAAACCCUCCAACAACCUCUUUUACCACCUUAAGAACUUGUGGUGCAAAUUUGUAAGCUAAUGGUUUGAAAGAACAGGAAUCUGUACGGCACACAAGAAUCGGGCUUUCAAAAUGGAAUUCCAGUUUGCCCUCCUUUUCGUAGGGAUAAUUGCCUUUUCUGACUCGGCAAGAGGUCCCCCCAGAAUUGCUGAUAAGGUGAUCCAUCGGCAAUCAGUACGAUUAGGCAGAACCAUCAAGCUCCUGUGCCCGGUGGAAGGUGACCCACCCCCUCUCACUAUGUGGAUGAAGGAUGGGCGGACGAUCCACAGCGGCUGGACGCGGUUCCGAGUCCUGCAACAAGGGUUGAAGAUCAAGGAGGUGGAAAGUGAUGACGCGGGGACAUACAUCUGCAAGGCCACCAACGGCUUCGGCAGCAUGAAUGUGAACUACACACUCAUUGUGAUUGAUGAUGCCAGCUCAGGAAAGGACAGCCAGGUACCUGAAGGCUCCAAUGGAGAAUAUGAAGACCAUUCUGGAAAGCAGUGGGCCCGGCCCAGGUUCACACAACCUGCCAAGAUGAGGCGGAGAGUGAUUGCACGUCCUGUUGGGAGCUCCGUCCGCCUGAAAUGUGUUGCCAGCGGGAACCCUCGACCUGACAUUACCUGGCUGAAGGACAAUAAACCCCUCACCCCACAGGAGAUUGGGGAGAACAAGAAAAAGAAAUGGACACUAAAUUUGAAGAACUUGAAGCCAGAGGACAGUGGAAAAUACACAUGCCGAGUGUUCAACAGAGUUGGGGAAAUUAAUGCAACGUACAAAGUUGAAGUAAUCCGUAAGUACUGCCCUCUGGGACAUAGCACCAAAAUCGGUGUGCACUGCCAGUAACUAAAUGCACAGAGG